GUUGUUGAUAAACUCCGUGCCUUAUGUGUUGUAGAAUAAUUUAAUGAGGUCGUAUUUGUGAAGGAGUAAGUUUCAAGUUUUAAAAAAUAUCUUAGAUAUCAAUUUCUAUUUCAAAAAAGAACCUAUUCGUAUACAUGUAUGAAACAAUAAAAAAAGCCUAUCGACAGUAUACUAAAUCAUUAAAAUACCAAGCGAAUCCUCGAACGUCCUCGACUUUGGCGCUGUCAAAGUCGCACUUUCAUCCUCCCACGCGCCGCCUGUGAGGUCAGUUGUAAACUAGCCUUCAUUAUUGUAGUGCCGUGCUGAUAUGCGCACGUCAAAGCGAUGAAACGAUUAAUAAUAACUUGCUUUUAACGACGUGCUGAAAAAUUGUCUUCAUAAAUGUAUCAUGUCGAGCCGAUGACUCAGAGUAAAAACCAGCGGUUGUAACGCGACGAACGAACGAAUUUGAUUUGCAAAGUCUUGGAGUAGUUGCUCUCGUCGGAUUGUGUGCGUGUGCUGACAGUUUUGCAGGUUAUGCAAUGCAGCAAGUGUGAAGACAAAAACAUUUGUUAUUAUUUUGCACACAAGACGCCGCAUACAAUGACGCAUUUGUUCAGCAAGGCGCCGAGCAUAGUCCUUUCAAAAUGUUGAGUCUGUAACCGUGACAGAGAAGUAGCUCAUGACUCGGAAAAAAUUACAGUUAGCCAAACGAUCUAGAGUCUGCAAGUUUCAAGAUGGAUGUUAUCAGCAUAGAGAGCGUCGAGGCUGGGAUUCGCCCAUCCAAGAGUUCUUCGAGUGCUCGAUCUGGCUGCAUAAACUCCAAUUCGAUAUGCUAUGUGGUUGUGAUAAUGGGAACUCUAGCAUUUUUAGGUGCUAUCGUUUUCAUCUGUCGUGACUACAUAAAAAUUCUUCUAUACUGGAUCGAACAUCAGAAUACAUGGGUUGUCACAAUUAUCAUGAUUGGACUCUUCACUGUUGUCUCUUUUCCCAUAGUCAUUGGCUACUUGUUUCUCAUCAUUGCUAGUGGUUAUCUCUUUGGAAUUGUUCAGGGAAUAGCCAUGAUAGUACUGUCUGCUAAUCUUGGCAUUGCCAUUGCUCACUUGGUCCUCAGUAGUGUGUCAUUUAGUUUACCCAUUGGUGCACUUUUGCAAAGUGACACCGCAAGGGCAAUACUCAGAGUGAUAUCCGGACCGCAAGCAUUUAAAGUUGUACUCUUUACAAGACUCACACCUAUACCUUUUGGGUUGCAGAAUACAAUAUUUGCUGUAAGCAAUAUAGGUGGUAUAAGAUACCACGUAGCUAGUGCAAUUGGGCUACUUCCAGCUCAGUUAAUAAAUGUUUAUUUAGGCAGCAGCUUGCGUUCUAUGCAAGAUGUUCUGGAAGACAGAUCUACAGCUGCCACUGGUUACAUUGUAUUCUGCUUUCAGAUUCUGAUUGGAGUUUCACUAAUGGUGUACGUUGUUCAAAAAGCAAGAAGAGAACUGCAACUGGCAUUGCUGGAAGCUGAUCUUGCAUCAGUUGGAGAAUCUACUCACUGUUACCUCGAUAGCCCAUCAGACUCGAAAAUGUUGCUUAACAACUUGAUUGCUUAAACUUGUUCAUCAACUAUGGUGGUGUUUGUAUUUUCCCAAAGAUUUUAAUUUUAUAAUCACAGAACAGGUAUAAUGACAAGCAAAUCAUAUCAGAUACUACUAAUCAAAGCAUGAUCUGCAGCAUAAUUUAACUGGGGAAUUCAUUCUCAAAAAGUAUUAGCUAUUCUAAUCAUCGUUAAGAAUAAUUUACAAUUACUUUCUAAUAUAUCGCUUCGUUUUCCGCGCGCUCGCAACUGGUCUGAAAUAAUUUUGUAAUUCCUUUUGAUUUUUCUUUUUUUUCCGUUAACUGCCCCGAACUGGAACCAAGAACGUGCCAAUUUACCUCAUCUUUGAUAGUUUGCAUUUAAUACGGGAUUUCUGCAUUUCACGUGAAAGAUAAAAUUCUCCCAAACAAGAGUUUGUUGGUUUUUUAAGUAUAUUUUUCUUACUAAUUUUCGUUUUUUUUACAAGUUUUUAUCAAUUCCAAAGAUGGCUAACGAGAGAUGUAAAAGGUUCUAGUUUAAAGAAAAAAAAAUCCAUGAUAGUUCAUCUCGGCAUCGACUGUAAAAAAGACUACGGAAUCACGCGCACGUUAAUAAUCCGAACGGUGCAUUUGUAAAAUAUUAUAUACAUAUACCGUGUAAGAAAAGUCGUAGAGGAGUAUAUUCUAUACACGCGUACGAAUACUUUAACGCAGCGGAGGAUCGUAUAGAGAAAUUCAAUAUUUCGCUAGAAGUUUACGUUUCUUCAAUGAAACGUACGUUUAUAUAAAUUAUACAAUAUAUACUAUGUUUUAUAUAUCGCAUAUUAAUGUUCUUAUUUGUCUUCCAUAAUACACAUUAUACUUUUCCGCCUCUGAACGUUGUUCUGUCGCGAAUAAUUUCCUAUAUACUACAUAUACGUGUAUUUAUUAUUCAUCGCUGAUAUUAUAACAAUACGUAACUCUGUUGACGAUAGCCUCCCCCCCCCCCCCCCUAUACUGUGUAAAAAAACGCUUUAAUUUGUGAUAUACGUCUUGGAUUGUGUGCUCUCUAUACAUAUAUAUAUUAUAUCGUUUCGGAAGAGCUGGUUGAUCCAACAAUCGAAAGAGAAUGAGAAAGAGAGAAAUGCGUGUAAUUAUAAUAUAUAUCUAUAAACAGGUGUAAAAUUAACACAGAAAUGAAACUAUUUGUAACGAUAGACUAUUGUAAAAUAAUGUCGAGAUGAAAGAAUCUAAUAAUAAUUGUACGGCAAUAAAUUUGUUAAAAAAACAAA